AUGAACUUCUCCGGAUUCGAACUCUCUUCGAUCAUCGCCGUCGUGCUUCUUCUCCUGCAAUUGUCCUCUGCGGCAGUGCUGCCAGUCGGUGAGUUGUCCUUCGAAAGCAGCUGCAAAAAGGCGCCUAGCAACCGACUUUGAUCGAGCGGUCUGUCGGCGGGAUGAUGAUGAAUUGGGGAGGAUCUGUUCGGAAUGUUGCUCGCCACGCGCGAGCCCUCUUGUAAAUACUCUUGACGAAUUCCGACGAAUGCUCCGGAAGUAAUGUGCUCUGAUCAAUCGCGUGGCAGGCAAACAAGGCGCUCGCUCAUUGGCUCGACUUUUCAUAGUUGUCGGGAUCAGAGGCGAGCGGCGAAAAGAGAAAAAGGCAUCCACAACUUUAAUUAAAACUUUUUCCCGCCACAGCAAAAUAACCGACUCUCGCGCCUCCGCCUCCUCUUCAUCCCUCUCCUAAUUCUUUCCUUCUGAUGACGUAACCUCUCUUUUUCCAGAUUAUGCCUCCCAGUACGGAGUGUCCGCCGACGAGACGGCCCUUCCCGAGGAUGGUUCGCUGUUCGCCGAACGACCAGCUAAACGAGCACAGACGUUUGUGCGAUUCGGAAAGAGAGCACAGACUUUCGUUCGCUUCGGAAAGCGUGGACAGACGUUCGUGCGAUUUGGACGGAGUGCUCCGCUCGAUCAGUAA